UGUCGACAUGGUGGGAAGCGCAUUAUAAGCCACUCGGAUAAAGUGAACUUAGUGCUUCAAAUAACCAUCAUGUUCUUCAUUACUGCUUCAUUCCAUAAUUUUUCUUUAUUAAUAGGCUAACCCAUUCUCAUAAUUUUCUAAAAUUUAUUUAAUUCCGCGAUAGCAAUGGAAACUUUGUUGUUGGGAAAACGAUCAAGCUGUCGGGGCGACGUAGUGUUGCGGAAGGAGAACUGAUAGGCAUAAAGGAAGCCCUCUCAUGGAUAAAGGAACUUGGGUACACGAGAGGCGUGGUGGAAUCUGAUAGCAAGAAGGCGUGCGAUGCGAUUAUCUCUGAUAAGAGGAAUAUUAUGGAGCUUGGUUUGAUUGCUUCCUUUUGUCGGAAAGAAUUAUUGUUGCUUUCAUAUGUUAGUAUUCUUCAUAUUCGUCGAGAGUAAAAUACCAUUGCCCAUGAUUUGGCAAAGGCUGCGAGAGAUUUUUUAACACAUCAUGUUUGAAAUGAACCCCCGUAUCUCCAUCUCCCAUGUACGUGUGUUCUUUAAUAUAAUCUCUCCUUUCCCUCAAAAAAAAAAUAUUUAAUUAGCUCAGUUUUUUAAUUUCAUAUAAGACACGUACUUACCUUUACUAUUUCAUACUAUUAAGGCAAUAAUACACCAUUGCAAUAUUUAGUGAAACACCUCUAUAAAAACAGGCUGCAGCUUCCACUCUAUAAAACAAUUAAGCUUUCUUGAUUUGCACAUUCAGUAAUAAAAUAGAAACAUAUAUUGAGGAUUCCCAAUGGCUUCAACUGCUAUUUUAUUCAUCACAUUAGCCCUCUUCAAUUCCAUUUGCAUCUCCUUGGGCUUCGACACUAGUCCUCUCCUAGAUUUCUGCGUUGCAGAUUCCACAGGAAAAGCAGCAUGCAAGGACCCAAAAACAGUUACCGCGAACGAUUUCUUCCUUGGCGGUCCGCACCUGCCCGCAAACACCUCUAACCCGAACGGCGUCUCCAUCAAUUUUGCGGGCGCGGCCACGGUGCCGGGGUUCAAUACUCUCGGCCUGACACUUGGCCGCGUUGAGUUUGCGCGGAAUGGAUACUUGCCGCCGCACAUCCACCCUAGGGCGUCGGAGGUCAUCUAUGUGGUGGAAGGUGCGGUGGAGGCCGGAUUCAUAACCUCCUCCCCAGAAUACAAAUAUUACACCAAAAUUCUAAAAACGGGUGAUGUCUACAUCGUCCCAAUCGGCCUCGUUCACCACGUGCGAAAUGUGGCAAAAGGAAAAAGUGUUGUAACGGCCACCUUCAACAGCCAGAGUCCCGGCUUUAUUAGCCUUCCCAACAAUAUUUUCGCGGCCAAGCCCCCCGUCGACACCAAUUUUCUGGCCGCAACGUUUAAGCUGGACGAGAAAACAGUGAAAGAUUUGCAGACCAAGUCAUGGCUUUAAUGCUUAUGUUGAUAAAUGAUCUUGCUUCUGUAUAUAUGUUUGAAGUCCACUCUCUCUUUAUAAGGAGAAGAUUAGGCCAAUUAUAUAUAAUACCAGAACAAGAAUAGGCCCAAGUUUAAUCAGGAUUUGUUUCUUCACUUUGUACUUGGACGUGUUUUUGGGUAAUAAAUUGUCUUCAAUUUCUCA